UUGGAUUUGGGCACGUAUUAUGUCAUGCCGUCCCAUUUGUAUAUCAUUUGCUGUCUCACGAUAGCUCUUUGCAUAGGUGUAACUUUAUCUGAUUCUGUUGCUAACCCCAAUGCUGUGGCUCCGCAAAAGUUCUGGGAUCAAUUUUUGCAUGGCUUCUAUGCAUCUCUUUAUGUGAUAGUUAUUUCGGAGCUCGGUGACAAGACAUUUUUCAUCGCUGCAAUUAUGUCGAUGCAACAUUCAAGGUGUCUUGUUUAUUCAGGGGCAAUGGGUGCACUGGCGACAAUGACGGUUUUAUCUGCCAUGCUUGGGUAUGCAACGACGGUCAUACCACGUAAACUGACGUACUACACCUCCGGAGUUCUCUUCUUUAUUUUUGGAAUAAAAAUGUUGUUUGAUGCGUAUAAAAUGUCACCGUCGGAUGUACAAGAGGAGUAUGAAGAAGUAAAGCAACAACUAUCAAACACGGUAGAUCCGGAGCUGGGCAAAUUGGAAUCCUCGACGCCGGACUCCUCAUUUACCACACAAGUGCGUGUAACAAUUCGAAGGAUGUUUUCUCCAAUAUUGGCAGAAGCGUUCAUUCUUACGUUUCUUGCCGAAUGGGGUGAUCGUUCUCAAAUCACGACAAUCGUUAUGGCUGCCACUAAGGUGAGUCAUUCUGUGAUCGAGGAAAGAGAUUUGGGUCUCCACUCUAACUUACCCGCUAACAAAAGGCUUUGGCUGAGAACCGUAAUCAUCCUGUUAAUUGUUUGGACACCCUAA